CAGCCCAAGUUUACACUCCAGAAGAUGGGCCCUAACCAUCAGACCAAAUCAAGCACAACCCACCGCCGCGUGCCUCCACCGCUCCGGUCUGUCUCCAGCAACGGCGGCGGCCAUGCAGGUGCCGGGCCGCCUCCGGCGCGUCCUCCGGGCGCCGCCACCCAGAAUCCUACUCUACCGCGCGAUCUCCUCCCCGCCGCCCGGUGGCGGCAGCGGGGUGGCGGUGAAGCAGGUGACGCGGGGGAACAUGGAGGAAGCCCUGGAGAAGCUGCGGGGACGCGUGCGGGAGGCCGCAUUCGUGGGGUUGGACCUGGAGAUGAGCGGCGUCACGAGCGCGCCCUGGAGAGACACCUUCGAGCUCGACCGCGCCGACGUGCGCUACCUCAAACUCCGCGACUCCGCGGAGCGGUUCGCCGCCCUACAGCUCGGCGUCUGCCCUUUCCGAUGGGACCCUGCCAAGUCCGCCUUCGUUGCCCAUCCGCAUAACUUCUUUAUCUUCCCUCGCAAGGAGCUCCCUAGUGAUUGUUCAUCUCAUGAGUUUCUUUGUCAGACAACUUCAAUCGAGUUCCUAGCAAAGUACCAGUUUGAUUUCAACACAUGCUUCCGUGAAGGAAUAUCUUAUCUAUCCAGAGCACAAGAGGAAGAAGCGCUACAGAAAUUUAACAUGUUGCAUCAUGGCCGAACAGUUACAUCUUCCACUAAUUCUGAAGAGGAUGGAGACAUGCCUUUAAAGAGUGCUUCUGAUAUUCUUUUCACGGAAAGGAUGAAAAUGAACUUCAAGGAAUGGCGUGAUGCGAUAGCCAGCAAGCCAAUGGUUGACAACCAUUUGUCAGGAAACAUUAAAUGUGGUUCAGGACAAUUCCAGACAGUUUUCUUCAAAAUGCGCCCUGCUAUUAUUCUUAAUGGAUUCUCAUCACAUCAAUUGAAGUUAAUUCAACAGGUUUUGAGAAAAAACUUUAGGGAUCUUAUUUUUGUCUGUACAUUUGGUGAGGAUGACACAUCUGAAAAGAAAGUAGUUUAUUCAGACACUGAUGAGGACAGAAUAUUAUUAAUGAAAGAUGUGCAGGAAGAUCUACUAAAAAACAGGGAAGAAAGAAUCAAAUCAGCAAUAGGAAUCCGCCAUGUCAUCGACCUUCUUUCAUCAGAAAGGAAAUUGAUUGUUGGGCAUAGUUGUUUCCUAGAUACCAGGCAUCUUAUGUCUGUCAAUCAAGCAGUUCAGAAACUGAUGAAGCACAAAAGCAAAUCACUAUCUUCAGCUUUCUUAUUGUUGUGCCCUGCAUCUUAUUCAUCUGUUGAGAAGCCAUCCAGUCAUUCUCCUGUGACAAUUGAAGUUGAAGGAGAUGAAACGAUGUCUUCUCGCUUCAUUUCUGGUGCCAAGCAUGAAGCUGGGUACGAUGCAUACAUGACUGGAUGCAUUUUUGCGCAGUUGUGUGCUUAUCUUGGCAUACAAUUUGAGCAGUUCUCACCUCUGGAUAACCUAGCAACGAACACUAAGCUGCAGAAACACAUCAAUUUUUUGUCCCCUAGCUGGAACAGUGGAACAGUGCUUGAUUUGAGCACUGGCAUGGAGACACCAGAUCCAGGUUAUACGAGAAGGUACCCUGCUGCUGUGUAUGAUAACAUUGUUGUCAUCUGGGGAUUCCUGUCUAAGGUUAGACCGAAGGAAAUUAAGGAUUGCAUCUGCAAAGUAUUUGGUUCAGGUUCAGUUACAACCGUCUUCUCAAUUGAUUCCACUGCUGCCCUUGUGCAGUUCAAGAAACAAGAGUCUGUAAACGAUUUCUUGGAUUUGAAGGCUGUUUUGGAGAGGGCAGAUAGUGCUAUCUCAAUUCUACACCCCCUGUCAACUAUAUUGGAAGGAGGCCAAACACGAGCUGCAAAGUAUGAUACCUACAGAGACAUAUGCAGCUCUUCUGAAUCAAAAUAUCUCUUUGCUGAUCAAGCUGAAGCAGUCUGUGCAACCUCAAAGAAUCAACUCAUAGAAAAUGUUGAUGGCAAUCUUAUAUCUGAUGUUCUUGAUGGAGUCGCACUCGCCUCUGUAACCGAGGAAGAUGGAAUAAUACCGAGUUCGAAGAAUCAAAACGUUGCUGAAGCUACAUGUUAGGAUAUAGCUUAGAUGCUCUAUACGAUGGCAAAACAUUGUUUGUGCAGACGAAUGUGAAGCUAAUUACUACUAUCGACCUUUUUCAGCAGGUUAUUGGCCUGGCCUUCUAUUUGAGGCUCACUGACUAGGCCAAUAUUUUGAUGGGUAUUCUUUUUACCAGUAUCUUUAGGCACAGUGCCAUCUCUAGCAUCCGCACGGUGCAAGCUCUGAACUACAGAGUAAAUCUAUACUUAUGCAGGGAAGCAUUCUUCUUGAUGCCAUUUACUAGGAUGAUCAAUGCAUUGUUACAUCAUCUAUCUUGGGUGUAGUAGCUGUGAACUUUUUAUUAAUGUAAUGACAAGAUAGAGUAAAAUAUGGCCAGUCCCUAAACUUGUUACGGGGCAUAUUUUA